GGUCAUGAACUUAUCGGGAGGAGAGUUGCAGCGAGUGGCCUUGACCUUGUGUCUCGGCCGCCCGGCUGAUAUUUACCUGAUUGAUGAGCCCUCAGCCUACCUGGACUGUGAGCAGCGCUUGCACGCAGCAAAGGUCAUCAAAAGGUGAGUACGUGUGUCCACGGUGACGUCACUCUCACGAUGACACAUUGGCACGGCUUAGACAUAGGCAAACACGUCAAUAGCUGUCUAUAAGUAUGUUGGUCUAUUUGUAUGCUGGUCUAUUUGUAUGUUGGUCUAUUUGCAUGUUGAUCUAUUUGUAUGUUGAGCUAUGUGUAUGUUUUUCUAUUGUAUGUUGCUCUAUUUGUAUCUUGGUCUAUUUAUCUGCUUGUCUAUGUGUCUACUUGUCUAUCUUUGUGUUGGUCCAUCUGUAUGCUACAUCCUCAAAGAUGAAGUUAAUCAGAUGUGAUGACACCUUGUAGGCACAGGGAACUUAUUUCAGUGUUACAAAUAAACUCAUCUCAACUGAUUUACUGUCAGUGGCGCAGCCAGUUCUAGUAAUGCCCAUGGGGUGGGGGGUUAAAAUUCGUGACGCCCCCUUUCAGAAACCCCACCAUCUUCAGUUGGCAGAUAUUGCCACCCCUCCCUAUCAACCAAAAAGUCCCAACCGGGCGAACCGACCCCCUCUGCACCCACUAAUAUAUGCCACUGUUAACUGUCACCAGAUUUAUCCUCCACGCCAAGAAGACCGCUUUUGUUGUGGAGCACGACUUCAUCAUGGCCACCUACCUCGCUGACCGCGUCAUUGUGUUUGAAGGCACGCCCUCGCUCAGGGCUCGGGCCAAGACGUAAGCACGUGACAUUACCUUGUGUACCUCAUUGUCAAAUAAAACCAACAGUUUCACCUGUUUGUCUUGGUCUCGGGUCCUAGAUAUGUCUUUAGACUUUGCAUCUUACUAAAAAGGAUAUUUUCAGAAAUAAAAUUAGGACUUGACUUUGUCAGGUGCAAAGCUUUGCUUUAUGCUCAGCAAACACGUUUAAAUUUGCGUCAAAUUUGCAUUAAAAUUUCAUCAAGUUAGCGUCAAAUUUGCAUUAAAAUUUCAUCAAGUUAGCGUCAAAUUUGCAUUAAAAUUUCAUCAAGUUAGCGUCAAAUUUGCAUUAAAAUUUCAUCAAGUUAGCGUCAAAUUUGCAUUAAAAUUUCAUCAAGUUAGCGUCAAAUUUGCAUUAAAAUUUCAUCAAGUUAGCGUCAAAUUUGCAUUAAAAUUUCAUCAAGUUAGCGUCAAAUUUGCAUUAAAAUUUCAUCAAGUUAGCGUCAAAUUUGCAUUAAAAUUUCAUCAAGUUAGCGUCAAAUUUGCAUUAAAAUUUCAUCAAGUUAGCGUCAAAUUUGCAUUAAAAUUUCAUCAAGUUAGCGUCAAAUUUGCAUUAAAAUUUCAUCAAGUUAGCGUCAAAUUUGCGUCAAAUUUUGAUCGAAUUAGCGCCACUUUUCAUUUUGAGUGCACUAUUUAGUGAAACGAAUUGUUGCGUACCAAAAGUAAUUUGAUGACAAUUUGAUCGUGUGAACUGAGCCUAAUAUGAAAAAACAAAUGGAAACACUCUCAGUUUUUUGGUAUAUACUUUCAGCUGGUAAAAUAAAUGCAGCGGGCACCUUCGUAAGCCGUGCCACAUGUAAAUGUCUAAGGUAUGAAAUGAGUUUCCGUGUCUCUUCCAGGCCACAGUCUCUACUGACCGGCAUGAACAAGUUUUUACAGUUUCUGGACAUCACGCUUCGACGUGACCGCAACAACUUCCGGCCACGCAUCAACAAACUCAACUCCGUGCAGGUACGCAAACAUUUCUCAUGCAUGACUGACUCUGGCGAAGGGCCUUGCUUCUUUUAUUUAUGCUUGUCCCAACUUGGUGUCUAUUACAUAUUCUCCUAAAGUUAUAGAUUCUCUUACAUUUACAGAUUCUCUUACAGUUAUAGAAUCUCUUAAAGUUACAGAUUCUCUUACAGUUAUAGAUUCUCUUACAGUACCAGAUUUUCUUACACUUAUAGAUUGUCCUACACUUAUAGAUUCUCUUACAGUUACAGAUUCUCUUACAGUUACAGAUUCUCUUACAGUUAAAGAUUCUCUUACAGUUAUAGAAUCUCUUAAAGUUACAGAUUCUCUUACAGUUAUAGAUUCUCUUACAGUACCAGAUUUUCUUACACUUAUAGAUUGUCCUACACUUAUAGAUUCUCUUACAGUUACAUAUUCUCUUACAGUUACAGAUUCUCUUACAGUUAAAGAUUCUCUUACAGUUACAUAUUCUCUUAAAGUGAUAGAUUCUCUUACAGUACCAGAUUCUCUUACACUUAUAUAUCCUCUUACAGUUAUAGAUUCUCUUACAGUUACCGAUUCUCUUACAGUUACCGAUUCUCUUACAGUUACAGAUUCUCUUACAGUUACAGCUUCUCUUACAGUUAAAUUAACUCCCAAGCACAGUCGAAGCAAAAAUACAAAAGAAAAAAAAAUUAGACGAAUUGUGACGUCACCUGACAACAAUUUGAUAAUAAAAUCCACGCUUUUAUGGGAGAAUCAGCACCUGAUACCUACCAUUGUUUUGUUAAUUAUGCAGUUCUGUAUCAGAUUAUUUAACUCUCAAUCUUGUCACAUUGGCAUCCUCAUUAAUUAUGAUCUUUUGAAUAUUUAGCGGCCAUUAUAUCGUCUUAAAUAGGUCAACGUAUUCACAUAGUUACAUAAAAUAAUGCUUCAGAUUUAAUUAUAAAAAAUAAUGCUUGUAACAAAUAUUUUGUUAAAUUGCCUAAUCUUAAUUACGCCUAACAUACUAUGUGAUAGCUUUGUAUUAUACGCACCCCAGCAGAUAUUCCAUGGUUACAUGAAGUUUUUGUGCUAUAUUUCUUACAGGAUGUAGAACAGAAGAAGAGUGGACAUUUCUUCUUCUUAGAGGAUUGAAACAUUCCGUUCAUUCCUCAAUCCUAGGUCCUUGACCGACGCUUCCUUAGGCAACGACGAAGUAACGAUUACUUCCCUUGGACAAUUUGAGCUGAAUUGACACCCUUGUCACCAUUCGCACACAGCUCAAAAUGAG